GACGCGACCGCCGCGCGAUGACGCGCGCUGAGCAGCCGCGGCCUCCACGUCUCAGGUUCCGCAAAGGCCUGUGGGAGCGACCGGGGAGAAGGAGGGCCAAGAUGGCGAAAGCGGCCGAGUCUUCAGGAGACCCGGGGACAACAUCGCCCAGGCCCCUGUUUGCAGGCCUUUCCGAUAUAUCGAUCUCACAAGACAUCCCCGUGGAAGGAGAAAUCACCAUUCCUAUGAGAUCUCACAUUCGGGAAUUUGACAGCUCCACAUUAAAUGAAUCUGUUCAGAAUACCAUUAUGCGUGAUCUAAAAGCUGUUGGGAAAAAAUUCAUGCAUGUUUUGUACCCAAGGAAAAGUAAUACUCUUUUGAGAGAUUGGGAUCUAUGGGGCCCUUUGAUCCUUUGUGUGACACUUGCAUUAAUGCUUCAAAGAAGCUCUAUAGAUAGUGAAAAGGAUGGAGGGCCCCAGUUUGCAGAAGUGUUUGUCAUUGUCUGGUUUGGUGCAGUUACUAUCACCCUCAACUCAAAACUUCUUGGAGGAAACAUAUCUUUUUUUCAGAGCCUCUGUGUGCUGGGUUACUGUAUACUUCCCUUGACAGUGGCAAUGCUGGUUUGCCGGUUGGUGCUUUUGGCUGAGCCAGGACCUAUAAACUUCAUGGUCCGGCUCUUUGUGGUGAUCGUCAUGUUUGCCUGGUCUAUAGUAGCCUCUACAGCUUUUCUGGCCGAUAGCCAGCCUCCAAACCGCAAAGCCCUGGCCAUUUAUCCCGUUUUCUUGUUCUAUUUUGUCAUCAGUUGGAUGAUUCUCACAUUCACUCCUCAGUAAAUCAGGAAAUGGAAACUAAAAACCAGUGAAUUGAAAGCUCAUCUGAAAGAUGCAAUUCACCAUGGAGCUUUGCCUCUGGCCCUCUUUUGUCUAAUUUUGGAGGUAUUUGGUAUGUGAGGAGAUUUAAAAGGGAGCCAUAAAGCACCAUCACUGCUUAUGUAAGGAACCGAUGUUUGAAAGGCUGUCCUUUGCCUCUUGAUGUUAUUUCUUCAAAAUACGUAGUAUGUGCAGUAUAGUGCUGCCUCAAGGCAUGAUAGGAUCACUGUGGUCCAUUUGAGUGACAACCAACGAUUUGGGAAGCACAUGGAUACAUCCUGCAAGUUGAGUGGAAUUAGCAACUAUAUUUUCAGUUUUGAGAAUACCAGUUCAGGUGCAGCUCUUAAACACAUUGCCUUAUGACUAUUAGAAUAUGCCUCUCUUUUCAUAAAUAGGAAUGGGUAGUCUAUCCAUGUUGUUUUAUUUCUUUCUUAGGCUUAAAAAGGCAAUGACAGACGUUGGGAACGGGGUUCAUAAUUGGGGAGGAGAAAACAUGCAUUAACCAGUAUUCAGAUUUUGACUGGAGAAAAUUCUGCACUCGUUGCUUUUUAAAAAAGCAAAGGACAUCUAAAGAAUCAGCUUCUUUAGUCGUUCUGUAUAGUCCCUUUUCCGCCAUGCUUAUUAACAGCACCUCAUUGACACUCUAGUUUUUAAUCUUACUCCCUAGCUCUGAAUAUGUAAGCUGUUAGCAGUCAAUAUGUAAUUUUCCUUUCAUUAAAGCUCUCAGUGGACCAGUGCUUGAACUUAUCUGGGUGGAAGACUUCCGAAAUUUAGAUUGGUUGGUCCUUAAUGCAUAUUAUCAUUUGGGCACUUGUUUCUUCUUCAGGGUAGAAUGAGGCAGUUUGGAUACAGCAUAGCUCUAAGGAAUUCUUCAUUAUUCUGUGUAGUCUGGCUUCUAACUAGAGAGUAAAGCUAAAUCAGAAGCCUGCAUUUAACCGUAUGCACAUGGAGGGAUUUAGUGUUCUGAUGGCUGGUUCACAGAACAACUAGAUGCUUAGAGCAUGACGUUGGAUGACGUGGGUUUACAGCUGCCACCUCUUCAUAGUGGGCUUAGCAGUUUUUUCAUUAGAUGUGCUUUUUGGGUCGGGGAAUAGCAAUUUGUUUUCUUGGUUUUAGACUUUAUUUGUAAAGCUACUUAGCUCUUCUUUAGACAAGUACUUUUUUUGCACAUGUGCACCUACUUGUAUUCUCAGCUAUUUAUACACACAAGUGUGAAGGCUUUUCAGGGAGCAGAGUGUCUGGAAAGGCUGAUUCUAAGCUAAACAGCGCUCCUUUAAGGUAAUAUGAGCUACUGCCUUCUAUAAAUUGCACAUUGAAGAACUCUUAAUAGACAAAAGAUUAGGAGUCAGGCAGAAAACAUUCAUUGUAUAUACAGUUACUUACAAAGAUAGGAAUUUAUUCCACGGUUUUUCUUUAUCAUGGAAUCUAAAUAUUUAUUCAUUUUGUAUCUAAAGACUACACAUAGAUAUAUAAUUUUAAAAACGUAUUUUCUCCAUUCCCAGAUUAACCAAGAACACUACUAGGACAAAUGAGUUCUUGGAGUGAUAUUAAAUUAGUGAGCAUUACAGAGUUGGUCCCUUCUGUCCCAGCCUUGUCCAGAGGUUUUGGUUAUAUAUUUAUAUUCAUUUCAGUUUCCCUUCUAAUUAAAAUAAACCUGGUGAGCACAAAGCCAAUUUUUCAAUCUUGAAUUGGUAAAGACAAUAUUUUGAAACUGGUUUUGAUUUUGAAAUUGGUCCUUAAGUUAUCAUCUAUUUCCAUUGUCUGAAAUUUCCUAACCUUUACUAAAAACAUCUCUCUUAGAAAGUUAUUUCAUAAUCCGUCCCAAUGGUUAUAAUGUAAAAAUUAAAGAAAUGAUCAUGUUUCUCAAAAGGGAAUUGCCUAGGGGUGAAUUGUACUCAGGCUAAAUAUUUUGGUCAGAAAUUUUUAAGGCUACAACAGGGGUGGGGGUUGUGUGGGUAGAGGGCGGGGAGAGGGGGUUAUCACAUUGGGUAUUAAGGCAGCUUGUUCUGUGUGUUAAUCUGUUGCUCUCGGGUGACUUAAGGAAUGGUUUCAUUUGAUUUAAAUGAAGAUGGGUAAAAUGGAGAUUAUCUUUCUGGAAAUGAAUGGUCAGUUUUAUGGUAUAAAUGAUUAUUUUCUUAAUAUAUGCAAAAAAAAAAGUGCAUUGCUCUCUGUGGCAGAAGACCUGAUGAUCUGGAAGUUGUAACCCUCAACGCAGCUUUCCCUGGUUUGCUGCAAAGGCAUAUGGCUAAUUUUAGAAACAAAGACUAGAAGAGAAGGGGAUUUUAACGGGGAUUUUAACAAAGGAAACCCUGUUCCAGGAAUUGGGAAGUUUCAUGCUUUAGAUGAAACUCAAGUGUGUGAGCAUCAUUACCAAAUGUGGUACAUCACUGUCAUGGCUUGUCAUUUGCUGCUCCUACUUCUGAGAUUGAGCCUCCGUUGUCACAUUCUUUAGCAAUAGGAAAGGUGAAGACUGGAUGUAAUUGCUGUUCAGAUUAUAAAAACUCAACUGAUGCAAACAUGUUUGAAUGUGCAGUGUAGUCUUAAAUGUCAACCAUUAACUGUCAAGUCUUUUGCCUCUUAGGAGUCUUAUUACAUGAGUUGAAUAGGAUCUUUUUAUUGUGAUGGGUUUUUUCCUGUUGUUGGGCAAGGUGGGCUUGUCAUAGGGCAUAGGACCAGUCUGCAUUUUAUUGUUUACUAUAUUUGUCUUUUUAUGAAGUAUCCGCUAGAUGUGAUUAGAAGGCUAGCAAGCCUGUAUUUGAAGAUUUAAUUGUAUACUUCUUAUAAUCUAACUACUUACUGUACCUGGACUUCCUGUUUAUUCCUGAAGAUGAAAAUGAAAAUCUUCGGUCAUUGCAGUGACAUCAAGUCAUUGAAAUUUAUUUAAAUGCUAUAAUGAUACGAUCAGACAUCCAUUGCAUGAGCUGUUUUAUUCCAGAGUAAAAUACUGAAAUUGUUAUUCUUAAUUAGACUGUUAACUUCUGAGACAAUUUGGACAGAAAUAAAUGUGUGAAUGUUAAUUCAUGUAUGUAAAUUAGAAAUACUUUUCUAGAUUCUGUGGGCUUUUAUUGAAAAUAAAGAAUUUCUAGGAAUUUACUCAGGCCAUAGGAUGGCCAAGUAAUAAUAAUGACAAUAAUAUUACUACUAAUAAUGGCUUAACAUUUAUUGGGCACUUACAUUGUGCCAGGCAAUAUUCUAUUUUUUUAAGAAUUUUUAUAACAGCUUUAUUGAGAUAUACUUUUACCAUAAAAUUCACCCUUUUAAAGUGAUGUACAAUUAAGUAAUUUUUCAGUAUAUUCACAUAAUUGUGUAAUUAUCACCACUAGUUCAUUUUAAAACAUUUUCAUCACAUCACAAUAAAAUCCCAUAUCCAGUAGCAUCACUUCCUUUUCCCCUUCUCCCCAGCCUCUGGCAACCACCAAUCUGCUUUCUGUCUCUGUUGGUUUGGCCAGGCACUAUUCUUAAGUGCUUUUUAUGUAUCUCCUCUACUCCUUAACAUAAAGUGCUAUAAUUCUCAUUUUACAAGUAGAAAAUUGAGUCAUAGAAGGGUUAAGUAAAUUGCCCAAGGUCACACAGUAAAUUGAUUUAAAAUAGGAAAACACUGUAGAUGGGAGCAUAGUAAGACAGUUUUGAAUUGCAUUGUUAUAUACAUGAAAUGAAUGUACCCCUUUCCCAGGGUAUGCUCCUUGUCAUUAGCCAUUACACCCUACAACUGACUGGAGAUACAUAACUCUCAUCCUUUUUUUUUCCCCCUGAAUAAUAGAACACUAUAUUAGCAUCUGCAGAAAACACAAGAGCAGCUGUACAUCGGAAAGAGUUAGGUUUGCUGCCCUCCCCAAACUUGAGCCCCUUUUCUCUCCUUUCCCCCCACCCAACACACAUACACACACUCUCUCUCUUUCUCUCUCCUCUCCUUUUUCCCAAAGUCUUAAGAGUCAAGUGACUUCUGCCUCUUUUCAUUUUUAUUCUCCCAGAGGGAUGGUUAAUGCAUCAAAAUUUAACCUGUUUAUUCAGGUGUUUAUAGUCAGGGGAUGCAUCUAGUCAUUUAUAAUACCAAUUAUAUUUCUAAGACCUCAGAGAGCAGUAGCGUGAGAGUAAAAUCCUUUUUUAUUUGGGUUAAACUAGGUGGGAGAAAUAACAGAGUAAAGGCUUUGCCUUAAGGCAAUGAAGUCAGUGGUUCCGCCUGGUAGGAAGUGGCCACACGCUGCUGUUGUCCGCUCUGUUCUGUUUAUUUCAGAGCCUUUGUACUCUAUGCUAUCACUGCUGGUAAUUUCUUGGUUCUCUUCAAUACUCCAUUUUAAUCCUGAUCUUUCCUGUAAAUAAUGAACCUGUGGAAAGAAUAAAUCUGUAAAAUGAUUUGUGAAUGUUAAAUGUGCAAAUAAAAACACUGGAAAAGGA